ACGAGCAGCCGCCAGCAAAUCCCCGCCUCUGCAGGGCGGCCGGUGUGGGCCGAGACCCCGUGGGGGGCGCACGUUCCCCCAGGAUUUCCUCCUUCCUCACCAUCGCCCCCUCUGUGGGUCUGGGCUUCCUUCGCCUGGCUUCCAGCGGCCAGCAGUCUCCGGCCGCCGCCUGGCUUUGAGGAUCAAAGCCAGUUCCCAGCGGUGCAGCCCCAAAGCACCGCGCACGGCUCCCGGAGGCACGGACCGCGGAGCUGGACCGGAAGGCUGCGGGGCGGCGUGAGCCGCUGCCACCGCCGGGCCGCGCUUCCAGACUCGGGCAGCUGAGCAGACCGCGCACAGCGCCCCCUUCUUAAGGGGGUCACGGCCCCUCAACAGCCCGCCUCCCCACGUGGACCCCCGGGACCGCUGGACCGGCGGCCUAGCGGUAGGAUAGCGCGGUGGGCCCGGCCCGGAGCGGCCCACCUCUGUUAUCAAAACAAGAGUUUGAAAAGCAGAACCUGUUUUUCUUGCUUCAUAUUUUGGUGUGUCAUCCUUGCUGCCUAUGAGGAAACGCUGUCAAUGAAUGUGCGUGCUAUUUCCAACUCUUCGCUUAUCAGCUCACUUGAUGCCAUCUCAUUUCCGGGAGGGAGGCCAGACUAGGACGUCCUUCAGGCUGCGGCAGAGCCCAAGGCUUCUCCUCACCAUCCUGAGUUCCUCGGUGUCUUCGUCCUGUCUUCAUCACGUGGCUGACGUGCAUCUGCUACGUCCUGCUUGGCAAGAUCCAGGAGUUGGUGCCCAGAGAAUGUUCAUGUGGCCUUGACUCUCAGAAUAACCUUGUGAAGGGGAUAUAGCAGAAAUCUCUAGACCUUGGCCAUGAGCACUUCCUCCUUUCAAACCUUGGUGGCAGUGUUUGCCCUGGUUACCCUGCACGUCCGUGCCCUGGAUACGUUUAUAGCUGCAGUGUAUGAACACGCGGUCAUACUGCCAGAGGAAACAAAGACACCUGUUUCCCAGGACAAUGCCUUGCUCCUUAUGAACAAGAAUAUAGAUAUUCUGGAGAAAGCAAUUAAACAGGCAGCCCAGCAGGGUGCUGAAAUUAUUGUGACACCAGAAGAUGCACUUUAUGGAUGGAGUUUUACCAGGGAAACCAUUUUUCCUUACCUGGAGGACAUCCCAGACCCUCGGGUGAACUGGAUUCCAUGUCGAGACCCCCACAAAUUUGGUCACACACCAGUACAAGUGAGACUCAGCUGCCUGGCCAAGAGCAACUCUAUCUAUGUUGUGGCAAAUAUUGGAGACAAAAAGCCAUGUAACCCUAAUGACACCACCACCUGUCCUCCUAAUGGCUGGUAUCAGUACAAUACCAAUGUGGUGUAUGACAAGAAGGGACAACUGGUGGCACGCUACCAUAAGUACCACCUCUAUUCUGAGCCUCAGUUCGAUGUGCCUGAGAAGCCCGAGCUGGUGACGUUCAACACCGCCUUCGGAAGGUUUGGCAUUUUCACAUGCUUUGAUAUCUUGUUCCACGAUCCUGCCGUGACCCUGGUGAAGAAUUUCCAUGUGGACACCAUACUGUUUCCCACAGCUUGGAUGAAUGUUUUGCCCCUUUUAACAGCUAUUGAAUUCCAUUCAGCCUGGGCAAUGGGAAUGAGAGUCAAUCUUCUUGCGGCCAAUACACAUCAUGUCCGCCAAAACAUGACAGGCAGUGGCAUUUAUGCUCCACACUCUCCCAAAGUAUACCAUUAUGACAUGGAAACAGAGCAGGGAAAGAUCCUUCUUUCAGAAGUGGACGUGCAUCCUCGAAGCUCCCCUGGCUUCCCGGCGGCCGUGAGCUGGAGUGACUACGCCAGGAGCAUCAAACCAUUCCCAGGACAGAAAAGUGCUUUCAGGGGAUUUAUUUCCCGGGAUGCGUUCAACUUCACAAAACUUUCUGCAAGUGCAGGCAACCUUACAGUCUGUCAAGAAGAUCUUUGCUGUCAUUUAAGCUACAGAAUGUUAAGAAAAGAAGAGAAUGAGGUAUAUGCUUUAGGAGCUUUCUCAGGACUUCACGGCCGCAGAAGAAAGUACUACUGGCAGGUGUGCACAAUGCUGAAAUGCAAAACAGCUGAGGUGGCAACUUGUGGACAACCAGUGGAAACUGCUGUGACAAGAUUUAAUGUAUUCUCUCUAAGUGGCACAUUUGGAACAGAGUAUGUUUUUCCCGAAGUGCUGGUUACUAAAAUUCAUCUGUCACCUGGAAAAUUUGAGGUCCUAAAAGAUGGGCGCUUGGUAAACAAGAAUGGAACAUCUGAGCCUCUUCUAACAGUGUCACUGUUUGGGAGGUGGUACAUGAAGGACUCACCUUCCAUCUCAGGAGGGAUCGGCAAUUUGGAAACUACUAACCUGUUAAUAUCCACUUUACUUAUGAUCACGACUUUGCAAAUAUUGUGAUGGUAUGGGACAUCUCUUUAUCACGAUUUAUUUGUGGAGUAUAUAUUUUGCUAAAUGUAUUUAUCAUCUUUCCAAGUUACUAAGAAAUUCUGAAGGGCCAUCUCUGCAGCAUAGACCAAUAAUUUUUAAAUAUGUAUUUUUCUCAUCUUGAAUUAAUUUGAACUAUUACAGUAAAUUUGCCCCCAAAGUGCUUGGGUCAGAUGAAUGAGUGUCAAAUCUUAGCUCUAACUUUAUUUGCUCUGUGACCUUGUGUGUGCUUGUGACCUUGAGUGGCAGAGUGCAGAGCUGCAGGGUCAUCCUAAACAUAGCUGUAGCCUUCGAAGAGAAGAGGAAUGAUGAAAAUUGAGAUUUUUGUGACUGAAUUCUAUUUGACAUUAAAGAUGAUCCAAAUUAAUCUGCUUUUCUGUGCUCACGAUUAGAGGGAAAUGCACUUUCCAAUUAGAUGGUAAUGUUUAUAUUCAUCAUGAAAGUUGUUCUGAGAUGUUCUAGAAGAGAUGACAGAUAGUGCUGGUUUGUAUCAAAGGAGACCUGACUCGGGGCAUUCAUAGUCCUGAACUACCUCACCUGUGGUAUAAUUUAAUGGGCCCAAAUUCCACAACACAAAGACCAUGACUGUGAUUAGCGACACUGUUUUCAAUGGUGGGUAGCCUGCACUUCUCAACAUGUAUAUAUCUCAUUCUACUUGAAAUACGAUGUAUUUGUUACUGAUCAUUUAAUGCAAAUAUUCUUAAAAUUAAAGAAAUAAAUGUUCAGAUUUUUUCAGAUUUAAUAUCUUCAAAAUUAUUUUGUCUAGUGUUUUCAUAUUGAAAUAUCACCUUUGAGACAUUUAUGUUUUGUUUUUUAUGUUGUUGUAUAUUACUCCUUGUAGAUUCAAUUUGUCUCUUCUAUUACUGUGCAGUAGGAAAUGAGGAGUAUUUUUAUAACGAAGUGGUUAAUAUUAAGAAAGGAAAUAGAAGUUAAGCCACAUUUUUGUUUUUAAUUUUGAAGAGGGUUUUCUGUGCUGCUUGUGUUCAACAUGGGGGCAUCAGAGGUGGUCAUUUUGAAGUGGCAGUGAAUGUACAUGUUUAUACAUAGUCCAAAUCACACAACCAUCACAGUUGUGCUCUUGUAUCUUUGCAUCAGACAUGGAGAUUUUCAGAUUUGCAAGGUCUAUUUAAUGUCUAAAGUUGGACAUUAUGCAAUGGCAUUGCUGUGUGUAUUGUGACACUUGGACAGUGACAUUUCACCUCAAAAAGUUAAACUGGAAAUCAGCAGCUGACCCUAAACCCUUCAGUUUAGGCCUUCAUUCUCUCAGGAAUAAAAGGCCAAGAUGAUCAAGGAACUCAUAAUUAUUCUUAGAAACUUUCAUAGUUUCCAGAGGUGAAUGUCAGUUAUUGGUCUCUGCCAGGCCUCCCCUUCCCCCUCUUUAAAAAAAAAAAAAACCUGUUUACUUUUAGAGAGAUGGGAAGGGAAGGAGAAAGAGAGAGAAACAUCAAAGUGGAGAUGCCUUUCCUGCUCCCCAUAAUGGGGACCUGGCCUGCAACCUAGGCAUGUGCCCUGACUGGGAAUCAAACCAGUGACCCUUUGGUUUGCAGGCCAGUACUCAAUCCACUGAGCCACACCAACCAGGGCUCCCUUUUCCCCUCUUUAUUAAAGGGAACUCCUCCAUGUAUUUGGGGUUGGAGAUCAUUCAUUAUAGCUCCAGAGUGUGUCCAAGCUUUACCAGUCAUUCACUAGACCUGCAAGGCCAGAGAUUUAUGCAGUGCUGAGUACAUGUUUGAAGCCACAUUGGUGAGAAUUGUCCCCAGAACUUUUGAUAAUUAAAAAAUUAAAAAAGAAGUUCUCUCUUCUGCCAUCAAAGACACAAGAACCAUAUAAAUAUGGAGCUCCCAGAAGCUAUCUUCACUAAUGUGGAGAGCAGGAUCAAUAACAUGGCAUUGGCCUUGUCAAAAUAGCAUAAAGUAUAUAAAAUAAAAUGGAGUACCUCAUGUCAACCAAGAUGGCUACCAGUCAGGACACUUUGGCUCAAGAGGGAAACUACCUAAGUCAGAGCAGACACAUCUGGCAAGGAGACACACCUACUAUAUCUGCACACGUGAUCAGAACAGCCAUGCCUGCAGAGUGGGACCACCCAUAGACAGGCCCCUGGGGAAGUUCCUCAAUUGCCCACGGUGCCAAGUAGAGUAGCCAUGUACCACUUGCAGACAGGCUCCUGAGAAAAUUUCUCACUUGCCAUCCUGGGUUCUAAGAUACGUAUCAAGAAAACCAGAAGGGUGGAGUACACCACUUUCAAGGUAUACCUCAGGCAGGCUCCAGACCACUGCUGAGGCAGCCGAGCUCCACACACCAGAGUGCUGCUCCACACCACGUUGAUCUUCCUUGGCAUUGGCUCCUGCAGGCUCUGCCCUGCUGGACUGAGGACUUCGUCUUCCCUGCUGCCCUCCUGCCUCUGGAGAUCCUUCCUUGCAAGACACUGAUGACUCCCUUGUCCACUGUGUUGCCUCCCGGACCUGCAGACCGAGAGUCUAGGGCUUGGGUUCGUUAUAUCCCCACUCAUUGCUGUGUUAUGUGUGUUUUAUAUUCGUCUUAGAUUGUUAGAAUGUGAGUAAGAUAUUAAUGUAUGUUGAUGUUCUACUUUGAGUGAACCUGCAUUCAAUAAAAUCUGGAUGAAGAGGA